AUGGGUAUCCGACAGUCCAUGAGCGUGGGUCUGCGUCACCACGGCUCCACGGUGGUUACAGCAGUCGAGGCCGUUUCGGGAGAGAAAAUCACCGCGGAAGUGUCGAGACUCGAAACGGCCGUUCAAUCCGGGAAAGUGCGGGACGCCACGCGGUGGCUCACCAAGAGGAAGAGGACGGCGAGCCGAGUCCGUCGCGCGCGCAACCUGCGGUCUAGGAACGAUCUGGUGAUUCGCCUCGUGCGCGACCUGUGCGAUCGCAAGCUUGCGUCCGCGGCGGCGGCUGCUGCUGCUGCUGCUGCUGUCGCCGCCUCGUCGGUGGAGGACCGCGGACGUGGCAGUUCGGCGCGCGCUGCUGGUGGUGGUUCUUACAGUCGUCGACUUCGAGAUUCAUCGGUUCCAGACCACAAGGAGUUCUCCCUGGGCGCGAUGCUUGUGGUGGCACCCGUGGUGAGCGAGCACUUCUGCCUUCCGGAAGCUGGGGCGUGGAAGCAGUUGCUUCUGCAGCAGCAGGAAAACCAGCAGCAGCACCAGCAGCACCAGCAGCAGCAGCAGCACCAGCAGCAUCAGCAGCAGUUUCAGCAUCGUCGCCAUCAGCAGCAGUCGCUGCAACACACGGCGGGCAGCGGUGACGACGUCGUGAGCAACAACGUGGGCGUUUCCUCUUGGAGCGAGGGCCGUUACGUUAGUUUCCGUGGCUGGAGCGGCGCGAGCGGAGGAGGCGACGGCGACGACGGCGCGAAUGUGGUGACUCUUGAGGUGGGGGCCGGUGGUGAUUAUGGUUGUGCCGACGCACUUGCUACGAACAGAGGUUGCGCGGCGCUGCUGCGUGCCCAGACGCGUGAGGUGGAAGGAGGUGAGGAGAGCGCGAGGACGGAGGAGGAGGAGCAAGGGUUGGGUGAGCUCGCCGCAGGGGCGGGAGGGGGAGAUGGAGGGAUUGUUGACCAGGGAGAAGUGGUGAUGGCUGAUGAGGAGGACGUUGGGAACGCUGGGGCGGAUGAGGAGGAGGAUGAGGACGAGGAGGAGAACAAAGAAAUGGUUGAGAAUCUGUUGCAGUUUAAGAGAAGCGCGUCGCGCGAGGCGCUUCCGUUGCUGGCAACUGCUGUGGCGCCGGCGGCGCUUGCAACGACGGCGCUGGCGGCAGUGGCGGUGGCGGCGGUAGGGGGAGGGGCUUCGGUAACUAGAUCUGUGGAAGCAACGGUGGAGAGGAACGGAGUGGGGUAUGGUGAGGCUGAUACUGAGUUCGGAAACAGCGAAGGUGAGGGCGUUUCGUCGCACGAAGACGCAGACAUGCCUGAUGCAGAGCUUGCGACAGAGGCACACGCUGCGACGGAGGCUGCGACUGCUGCGACGAGAGGCGAUCUAGGAAUGCUCCCGCGCGGUAUCGCGCAAAUCGCGCGGGGAGUCGCGCAGCAGGUCGCGCGCGAGGUGGCGGUGGUUCAGACGCUAGCGGGGGGCCUGUGCGACGGUUUGGGCGACGAGCUGGGCGACGGGGCGACGCUGGAGGUGGCAGUGCAGGGCCUGCUUCCGGAUAGCUGCGCGUUGAACCAAGUGGCGGUGGUGCCUGUGGUGUGCAUUCACGACGGGCACGAGGACGCGGACAACUCAGGCGACGUCCGUAUGGCCGAAAAACGCAAUUUCACCGCGCUCAGCCUUGCAGCUCCCAGUCACGUCGCCUCCGCCGCCGCCGCCGCAGCAGCAGCUGCCGCAGCUUCUGCUGCUGCUGUGAAUUGUAAUGAUGGUGGUGGUGGCGGUGGUGGUGGAGGUGUUGGAGGUGCUGCGCUUCCGCUCUACGAAGUGUCUGGUGAAGGAGAGCAGGCCGUGUGUAACCCGGUUACCACCAUGCUGGAGGGUCCGUGCGACGGCGUGUCUGGAGAGGCGUCGGAUGCGGGCGGCAACCCGUCCGAGGUCACGGAGAGCCAGGAGACGCCGCAACUUGAGGAGCGUGAGCAGGGUCUCUGCGAGUCUAAGCACGCGCACGGGUCAAUCGAGGGGCCUCUCCUCCCCCCUGAAGAGCAGGUGGCGGACGAUUUGGCUCGUUCAGUUCAGGCGCAGGAGGAGGAGAACAAGCGGUUGAGAGAGGCGUUGACAGCAGCGCGUGCCACAUGGAAGGCUGUGCAGGACGAGAACAGGCACCUGCUGCAACAGAUGACUCUCCACGGAAUCCAACUGCCUGCGUGUGUGACCGCCAAGGUGCAACAGCUCAACAAAUCCCCUCCGCCAUCCUUCCCUACCGCUAGUGCUGGAGGGGGUUGCUCGGGUGGUUCUGCAGACGUUGCACAUGCUGCGUCUGCUGCUGCCGCCGGAUCCUCUCUUAUGAGCGGUGCUGGUGCUGCUGGGAAAGAUGGGGUGGAAAACAGUGGCCUAGGCGGUGCAGGAGCUACAGGCGGCUCAGGGGUGAAUGCAUUCGGAGGAGGUGGUUGUGGAAGUGACGGGGUAUCGUCAGGAGCAGCAGGAGGGGGUGGUGCUAAUGGCGUUAGUGCCGGCCCGUCUUCUGGUGCGUCAGGAGCAUUGCUAGCAGCAGCAACAGCCGGCGCUGCUGCCGCCGCUGCUGCCUCUUCCUCUGCUCCUGGCGCCACAGCUUGCAGCGUGGCCGCUGGUAAAUUCGUCGAUGAUUCCGUACCCGAGAGUAACAACAACAGUUUUGUUGCAGUUUCAGCUGGUGCUGCUGGUACCACCACCAGGCCUUGGGAGAAGAGGACCUCCAGCUCUUCGUCCCCGUCUGCAGCAGCAGGAGGGUUAUCAACAGGAGCAGCCUCUGCUGGAGAGGCUGUAGGAUCGCCCCCUUCUUCCCCCGGUGCCAUUGCUUCAAGUCCUGGUGGGAAGAAGCGCGCACGGGACGAGGGGGGGACGAUGUGGGACGGGAUCUGCAGCCCGCCUUCCCUCCAGUCGCUUGCCAGCAUGGCUUGCCUCGCUUCUCCCAAGCGGAAUCAAGAGCCGGAGAUUUUGGAAUACUCCACUAUGGCCACUAUCGCUGCCGUCAAGGCUCGCCAGAUCAUCGACAGCCGUGGCAACCCCACUGUCGAGGCUGAUGUCCAUCUUUCUGAUGGAUCCAUGUACCGUGCUGCGGUUCCUAGCGGUGCCUCUACCGGUAUCUAUGAGGCCCUCGAGCUGAGGGACGGAGGCAAGGAGUACAUGGGCAAGGGUGUGCUCAAGGCUGUGAACAAUGUGAACACCAUCAUCGGCCCUGCUCUGGUCGGCAAGGACCCCACCCAGCAGAUCGCCAUCGACAAGUACAUGGUGGAGGAGCUCGACGGCACCCAGAAUGAGUGGGGCUGGUGCAAGGGCAAGCUCGGCGCCAAUGCCAUUCUUGCUGUGUCUCUCGCCGUUUGCAAGGCGGGCGCUGGUGUUCUGAAGAUCCCGUUGUACCAGCACAUUGCCAAUGUCGCCGGCAACAAGAAGCUCGUGCUGCCCGUGCCGUCCUUCAACGUCAUCAACGGCGGCUCUCACGCCGGCAACAAGCUGGCGAUGCAGGAGUUCAUGAUCCUCCCCGUGGGAGCCAGCUCCUUCAGCGAGGCCAUGCGGAUGGGGUGCGAGGUGUACCACCACCUCAAGGCCGUCAUCAAGAAGCAGUACGGCCAGGACGCCACCAAUGUCGGCGAUGAGGGUGGCUUCGCUCCGGCCAUUCAGGACAACAGGGAGGGUCUCGAGCUUCUCAAGACCGCCAUUGAGAAGGCCGGCUACACUGGCAAGGUCAAGAUCGGCAUGGACGUGGCUGCCUCCGAGUUCUGGAAGGCCGACGAUAAGACCUACGAUCUGGACUUCAAGACCGAGAAUAACGACGGCAGCAAGAAGCUGUCCGGAGCUGCCCUGACCGCUCUAUACGAGGAGUUCUGCCGCGACUACCCCAUGGUGUCCAUUGAGGAUCCCUUUGACCAGGAUGACUUCGAGGCCUACCCCAAGCUCACCGCCUCCAUUGGCAAGGACGUGCAGAUCGUUGGCGACGACCUGCUUGUCACCAACCCCAAGCGUGUGCAAAAGUGCAUUGACAUCAAGGCCUGCAACGCCCUGCUGCUCAAGGUGAACCAGAUCGGAACCGUCGCUGAGAGCAUUGAGGCUGUGCGCAUGUCCAAGAAGGCGGGCUGGGGCGUCAUGGCCAGCCACCGCAGUGGCGAGACUGAGGAUACCUUCAUUGCUGAUCUCGCUGUCGGCCUUGCCACUGGCCAGAUCAAGACUGGUGCUCCUUGCCGCUCUGAACGCCUUGCCAAGUACAACCAGCUGCUGCGCAUUGAGGAGGAGCUUGGCGCCAAUGCUGUGUAUGCUGGGGAGAGCUUCCGUGCUCCCUGCGAGCCUUAUUAG